UGUUCGUUUUCUUUUCUCUAGAUACCCCCUUUUGACUUGUAUAUAUUAUCUUCUCAUACAAAGCUAUCUCGCCAUACCAACUUUGAGUCCUCCUUCUACGCCUGUACUGGUAUCCGUGUCUUUGCUGUAUUGUGAAGUGGCAUCGAUAUCGAUUGGUUAUAUUCUUUGUCCUGAACUGCUCCUAGCAGUACUGAUCGGACACGACCUAGCUCUGUAUGUUAACUCACAGUACUCUACCGUCGACCAAUUUUCAUCAAGGAGUGUUCUUCUUGCACCACAGACCACCAGAACAAAAUGCCAAGAACCGAGAUUUUCAACAACGCCGCGCCAUCCGAAGCCUGCAAAAAUUUUCUCAGCCACCCAGAACCUUUAGAUAGUGUUGUGUACAUCAAAAGAAAGCCCUUGUCGAGCAAAAGAAGAUGUGAUGGUCAGUACGGGGGUCGAACCCGCGACCUUUUUACUUCUAGGAGGUUCACUCCAAAAGAGCUGGAACGAAAAAAACCAAAACUGAGAUGAGCGAUAGCGAGUCUCGAGGUUUUUGGUUUUCGGUUCCGUUGUUUUAGAGUGAGCCGGAUGGAAGGAAAAUAGAGACUGAAUCAAGAAAAAAGGACAAGUCCAUAACCGUGACCCGAGAAUUGAC